GUAAUCUGACGUUCCCUGUCAGAAUCCAGGAAGUGGCUCGCUCGCUUGUUGUUUGUGUUCGUUGGUCGUCUCUCUUGUUUUUUUGUGUCUGAUUUAACACAAACAAACCGCUACGACGGGCCGAAAUGGCGACGUUUAUUUCAGUCCCGUUGAAGAAGUCCUCUGAGGUGGAUCUGGUGAAGCCGCUGGCGAAGUUCGUGACAGCCUCGUACCCAGCGGGAGAGGAGCAAGCGGAGUACGUCCGCGCCGUGGAGGAGUUGAACAAGCUCCGCAGGAACGCGCUGGGAAGGCCGCUGGACAAACACGAGAGCUCCCUGGAGAUACUGCUCAGAUACUACGACCAGCUGUGUGCUGUCGAGCCCAAGUUUCCCUUCUCUGAAAACCAGCUCUGCUUAACCUUCACAUGGAAGGAUGCCUUUGAUAAAGGAUCACUGUUCGGUGGCUCAGUCAAGCUCGCUUUGGCCAGUUUGGGCUACGAGAAGACAUGUGUCCUGUUCAACGCAGCAGCGCUGGCCAGUCAGAUCGCCUCAGAGCAGAACCUGGACAAUGAUGAAGGACUGAAGGUUGCAGCCAAAUACUAUCAGCUGGCCAGCGGAGCAUUCGGCCACAUCAAGGACACCGUGCUGUCGGCACUGAACAGGGAGCCAACCAUGGACAUCUCCCCCGAAACUGUGGGUACCCUGAGCCACAUCAUGCUGGCCCAGGCCCAGGAGGUCCUCUUCCUCAAAGCCACCUCAGAUAAGAUGAAAGAUGCUGUCAUCGCAAAGCUGGCCAAUCAGGCAGCAGAUUUCUACGGCGACGCCUUCAAGCAGUGCCAGUACAAAGACAACCUUCCCAAGUAUUUUUAUUUUCAGGAAGUUUUGCCGGUGCUGGCGGCCAAGCACUGCAUCAUGCAAGCCAACGCCGAGUUGCACCAGAGCAUCCUGGCCAAGCAGAAGAAGCGAUUUGGAGAGGAGAUCGCUCGCCUGCAGCACGCGGCAGAGCUGGUGAAGACGGUGGCGUCUCGCUAUGAUGAGUAUGUGAGCGUUAAGGACCUGACUGAAAGGAUCAAUCGAGCUCUCACCGCAGCCAAGAAAGACAAUGACUUUAUCUACCACGAUCGCGUGCCUGAGGUCAAGGAUCUGGAACACAUUGGCAAGGCAGCGUUGGUCAGAGCCACCACCAUCACACCUCCACUUAGCCAGAAAUUCACAGACUUGUUUGAGAAGAUGGUCCCCAUGGCGGUGCAGCAGUCCAUGAGCAUUUACAACCAGAGGAAGGCUGAGACGGUGAACAGACUGGUGGGAACAAUGAGGGAGGCCACCAAUCUGUGCAACGGAGUGUUGGCAUCCCUAAACCUGCCAGCUGCUCUGGAGGAUCUGUCAGGAGACUCUAUCCCACAAUCCAUUGCUGAGAAGUCCCGGUCCAUCGUGCAGCAGGGAGGACUGCAGACCAUCGAGCAGCUAAUCAAAGACCUGCCCGAGCUUCUGACCCGCAACAGAGAGAUUCUGGACGAGUCUCUGAAGAUGCUGGACGAUGAAGAGACGACAGACAACGAUCUGAGAAGCAAGUUCAACCAGCGCUGGAACAGAACCCCCUCUGGAGACCUGUACAAGCCACUCCGUGCAGAGGGAGCUAACUUCCGCAACAUCUUGGACAAGGCCGUGCAGGCGGACCAGGUCGUGAAGGACCGCUACAGCACCCACUGUGACAUGAUCACCCUGCUGUGUAAACCAGAGAACGAGCUCACCGCUGCCAUCCCCUCUGCCAACCCGACCAAGACACUGCAGGGCAGCGAGGUGGUGAACGUGCUGCGCUCUCAGCUCGCCCAGCUCGACGAGAUUAAGAAGGAGAGGGAGACCAUGGAGGGAGAGAUCAAGUCCGUGACCUUCGACAUGUCUGUUACCUUCCUGACGGCGCUCGCCCGGGACGGAGCCAUCAGCGAGGAGCAGCUGUCUGUCUCCCAGCUUGACCAGUUGUAUGGUACCUACAACCAGAGGGUACAGGCCAGCCUCCGCUCACAGGAAGAUCUGCUGGGACAAGUUCAGACAUCCCACCAGGAGUUCAGCAGUCUGAAACAGUCCAACACGGAGGCCAACCAGAGGGAGGAGGUGCUGAAGAAGCUGGCUUCAGCCCAUGACAGCUACGUUGAGAUCAGCAGCAACCUGCGCGAAGGCACCAAGUUCUACAACGACUUGACAGAAAUCCUGCUUAAGUUCCAGAACAAAUGCAGCGACAUCGUUUUCGCCCGCAAAACAGAGCGGGAUGAACUACUUAAGGAGCUGCAGCAGAGCAUCGCCCGAGAGCCUAGUGCUCCGUCCUUCAACGUCCCCGCCUAUCAGAGCACCCCAGCCGGCCCCCCUGGCAACCCAACCCCUGCACCCAGGACCGUGUUUAAUCCUCAAGCCCAGCAGCAGCCUCAGGCAAAGCCUCAGCCACCAGCCAGGCCUCCUCCACCGAGCUUCACCCCUCAGGCGGCUUCCACCACUCCCACCAACGCACCACCUACUGGCCCUCCUACUGGCCCUCCCACCAGCAACCCACCACCUGUGGCUCCACCAAACCAGGCCCAGGGACCACCUUACCCCACCUACCAGGGUUAUCCAGGGUACUUCCAGAUGCCUAUGGGCUACAACCCCUAUGCUUACGGCCAGUACAACAUGCCCUACAUGCACGUCGCUCCGGGACAGGGUGGCUACCCAGGUGCCCCUCCUGCUGGACAGCCCUACCCUGGCUACCCCCAGCAACCCCCUCAGCAGCAGCCCUACUACCCUCAGCAAUAAUUCUCCUCUCCUCCAUCCCCUCAUUUCUCUUCUCACCAGUUAACACCAAAUAAAAAAAAAUACCCCAGCAAUAACACUUUAUCUCCAUUAGCUCCCUCCCCUCUCAUCUUUUGUUUUCUCUCACUAACAGCAGCUAUAGAAACCCAAAUGAAGGGCGACCUCGGAGCUGCUUUGCACUUCUUCUCUGAAACUCUAUUGUUUGCCACCUCCUUAUUCUCCCUUUCAUCUCGCCCUCCUUUUGUUUUCUAUCCUAGAUCAUGUUUUCUGGGUUCUGACGGCACUUUUCUGAAACUAUCACAACUCCACCGAUGCACUAACCCCUCCUGCUGCCUGUACGGUUAUCUUUUUUUUUAUGUAGUCAUUUUCUAAUUGGUUUAAUAUAAACCCUGACUGGUUUCCAUUGAUAACUGACUUUUUGUCUGGGCUGGACUGCUGUACAACACUCACAAAGGCGCACAGAAGCCGAGACGUCUCCUGGUUUUUGGGCGUAUGUGCUGGGUGGGUGGGCGGAUGGGUGACCAUUACUAGUCACGCCACUGAUGGUAGGGCACAGCCACAUCAUCACUCCCCUGCCCACUCAAUCAACCCCCAGUGCUUCUAUAUCAACUAUAUUCCUAUUUUUGUAAUGAAUACUGAUGCCUCGCUGAUGUAUAAACCUAUAAAAACGAAUGGCCUGUAGGUUUUCUAAUGUAGAUGACGACUGUUGAGAGUUUCUUUGGCUCUUUCUUUUUCUCUUCUCUUCUCUCUCACCCAGGGAAUGUUGGUAUAUUUCUGUGUUACAAUCAGAGGCUGUACAAGUGGGAGAAAUGAUUCUAUUAUAUAAAUAUAUGUAUAAAUAAGACUCUGUAUGUGGUUAACCAAGACUCUGUGUGCUGCACUCUCAUGCUCUUUGUGUUUAUUUUUAUUCCUCAGCUCUAAUGUGAUUAAAAAAAACAACAACAGCCAGACA